AUGGCGGAUGCGGUGUGUUGUGAUCCCCUCAGAGGAGAGAGAUGGCGAGACAUUCGCCGUUUGACAGACAGGCCGUCUGCUUAUGCAGUUCCAUGGUUUGAGCCAGGUCCUGAGAAUAUGGUGGCUUUGCAAAAAAUGCGUGUUCUUGUCGUGGGAGCUGGAGGUCUAGGUUGCGAACUGCUCAAGAACUUGGCUUUGUCUGGCUUCCAAAAUUUAGACGUUAUUGACAUGGAUACCAUAGACAUAAGCAACCUCAACAGGCAGUUUUUGUUCAGCCACAAUUGCAAAAUCGAAGACAAGCCACCAUCCUUUUAUCGUCAGUUUUCUCUAGUCAUCUGUGGGCUCGACUCUAUUGCGGCAAGGCGAUGGAUUAAUGGCAUGCUUUGUGAUCUGGUUUUAAUGGAAAAUGGUGAAGUUGAUACGUCUACAGUUAUACCACUCAUUGAUGGUGGAACUGAAGGAUUCAAAGAUAUCAAAGGAGUGGACCGCCGUCUAACGCAAGGUGUUCUGAAGCGGAUCAUCCCGGCAGUAGCUUCUACAAAUGCUGUUAUAGCUGCAUCAUGUGCACUGGAAGCUAUCAAACUCGCUACUAACACUGCCAAACCUAUAGAUAAUUAUCUGAAUUUCACGGAUAUUGAAGGAGUAUAUUGUGGGGUUGUUAAAAUGGAAAAGGAUCCGGAGUGUCCAACGUGUAGUGGCGGCUACGUACAAGUGCAAUGUAAUGAUGAUGACACGCUGCAAAUUUUCAUGGACAAGCUUGUAGAGAAAUUUCACCUGAAAAAUCCCUCGAUUGAGACUGUGAAUGAAAAGCUGUACAUGAUCAAUGAACUACUGCCUGAUUUGAAGGAUAAAAGCGUUUCUAAUUUACUGCGACCACUCAGAGAGCUCAUCUCUGCUGGCGAGGACCUUUUAGUUGCAGACGAAGUUUUGUCAAAGUCGUUGUCGAUCAGAGUAAAUUUUGUGACAUGA